AUGCAAGCCUCUUUUUCUGCGAGCGCUGCCGCACAGCAGGCGCCUCCAAAUGCGUCUUCGCACCCUGCGUCGCGCGCAGAAACGGCUUUUCCGCAGACUUCCUUCUCCGUCAACGCGACGCCUUCUGCGCCUCUCUCGGGUGUUCCGACACCGGGCGAGGCCGCAGGCGCCGCGCCUGGGGGCUCUCUGGAAGGCAGCCUCGCUCGCAUGUACAUGAAUUUCCCCGUGGACGCGAAGCGGUACGUGAGCGAAGCCGACCGAGACGAAGUCUUUAGAAGACUCCGGAGAGAAAAUCGCACAUGCUUCGACUGCGCGACGCGAAAUCCGACAUGGCUCAGCGUCACCUACGGCGUCUACCUCUGCCUCACCUGCAGUGGAAAACAUCGACGUCUGGGAACCCAUAUCUCCUUCGUUCGGUCCUGCGAAAUGGACAAGUUCUAUCCGGAACAGCUUUUGAGGAUGGAAAUGGGAGGAAACAAACGGGCACACGAGUUCUUCAGAGAACAUGGGAUGGACGCCUCCAAGGCUGUGGACUACCACGGAAAACUUGCGGCGAAAUACAAGCAACAACUGGAUCGGGUCGUCGCCCAUGAGAUGCAAGCAGCAGGUUGGGUCAUCCCUUCCGCUUCUCCAGCGUCUGCAGAGGUAUCUCCUCCUCUCUCGUCUCCUGUUUUCAACGCCCCCCAAACUUCGGCUCCGCCCAAUCCAUCCUUCUCUCCGGCUGUCCCAGCACAGCCUCUUCCGCUCUCUGCUUCGUCGGGUGUACCUACACCUGGCUUCGGACCCGCUUCGGCUGUAUCUACAGCUGGCUUUUCUGCGCCUGCUAUGCCACAGAGCGCAUCUUUGGCCUCCGAGAAAUUUGGGGGGAGUGCGGGAGCUGGGGGACGAGUGGCGUCAGGGGGCAUUCGAGCGAGGAAGCUGGAUUUCGACUUCGACUUCGAAGCGGAGGCGGCGAACGCCGCGGCUGUGGCGGACCAGAAGCGCGUCGAGGAACAGAUGAAGAAGGCUGGAGGAUUUGGAGCCCCUGCGUCUUCCUCAGCACCGCCGUCUGUCUCUGGAGCAAUUGCAGCAACCUCUGUGUUUCCUUCUUCCUUUUCGACGCCUGCAAGUGUCUCCGGCAUUUACAGUCCGGGUCCUGCUGUCAGUCCAGGAGCUCCUACAGGUGGAAACGCGAGCCCUGCGCCGAGCGACCCUGCGAAUUCGAAUCGCUUCAGCAAUGCCAAGUCGAUUUCUUCGGAGCAGUUUUUCGGAACUUCUGGCAGCACAAGAGGGUCCGCCUCAUUUCAAGCAGCAAUUAACGUGGAUCCGUCGAAGCGCAGCAUUUCUUCGGAUGAGUAUUUCGGCGUCGAUUCAACGAAAAAGCAGAGCAGACUUGCGGCGUUUGAGGACCAGGCCGUCGUCCACUUGGACAGCCUGAAGAUGUCGGCGCAACAGGGCUGGGCGACACUGGCGUCUGUCGGAAGCGAUGCUGUUAGUCGUGCCAGAGACUGGCUCACCGGCUCGUGAGAGGCGAAAAGAAAGGUUUUCGGGUGUCCACGGAAGCAACGUGAGAAUCGAGUUUCGCUUUUUCUUUUGAAAGGUCGCUUUUCUCUCACGACGGUUUCGUCUGGCGUUCAGCGGUGCCGGAAAGGGAGAAGCGCCAUCGAGGUGCCUUUCCUUUUUCCCUGUUCGUCCUCUCCAUCCUCGCUUGUGUCUCUCCUCUGUGGCUGUUGGGCGUUUUCAAGAUGUCUCUUUUCUUUGUUCAUGAAGAGUGGAGGGUCAGUGUUUGUGAAGGGGAAACGGAACUGUUUUGAAAAAGAGCUACUUUAGCAGCGCAGCAGAGGACUUCCUGCGUUUCGAGACACGGACGCGUGACAAGAAACUCUGCUUUAUGCCGUUUUGGUCGGACAAAAGUGCAACGUUUUUAAGUAGAGAAAACAGCGACAGCGGAUGUCCGCUGUGGACGAGAAACGAGAGCGAAGGGACCUCUUUCUGGUAGGAGUGAGAGGCAAACUCCGUCAUCGUUUGUGCUUUUCUUCUUUUGGAAAGAAGGGGAGAGACAGGGCACAGAAACGCUCGCACAGGUGGGGAAAGAAUUCGUAAGACUGGGAAGAGAUCGGUUUCGAUGCUUGUGUUUUGUAGCGCUCGUGUUUGAGAGAAGUCGCUCUCUCUAUGUGUUUCUGUUUUUGUGGGUUUUUUGAAAAGGAUUGUGGGAGAAAGAAGCCGAGUUUUCUCGGAUUCGAGCCACGUGGGCGCCUCUUACUCACUGCCAGAGUAACAGAAAGAACUGUGCGCACUCGGGUGUUUGGAGAACACGCAUGCAAUCGCUUCAGUCUCGUUGUGUCUGCGUAUUCCGCAAUCUGAACGAGAACCACCCCGCAGAGAAAGCCGGGAAAAGGGGAGCUUUCGUGCCUGGUAAUCUACCGGAAAUCCCCAGAACGCGAAAGGUGCCCUCAGACUUCGAACAAGCGCUUAACUACAGGAUACGAAACGUCAGAAGCUUGCACAAUUGACAACGGAUCUAGUGUCUGUACAUCUGUACACCGAGUCGUGCGUCUACGUGAUCACGUCAAAGGCGUCUGCGUUUGUUACCGUCACUUUCGGGGGCUUUUGUCUGCGUUUCUGAGAACUUGUCGCGCUGCGCGUUCUGUGGGUCUCCCGCGGAUGUCGUCUGUCCGUCUGCCGUUCUGCUCUGGGCUUGUGCAAAGCCACAGGGUUUUCGGGUGUCUGUUUUCUGGGGACUCCCCUGUGUCUACAUCGUCAAGGCUGUGUACACUUUUUUAACCGCAAAACCGCCAAAGCCCACUUUGGCCUUCG